AUGGAUGACGAACAACGGUCGCGCUUGCUGGCGCUGGGUUCCCUGAAUCUGACGGCGGAAACUAGCAGAUGGAUGCAUGCUGCGAGAACCUGGACAGAGGCGUGGUAUGGUGUGUUACACGACAGCGAACAGGAUUUUGGCGAUGCGCGGCGACGCCAGAAAGGCCUGGUGGUGGAGAGACUUGGCUGUGAGACCACACUCGCGGAGCAAUUGAAGGAGAGGAUUGCAAACGGAAUCCCGAGCAUCGGUGAGCAAUGCAGUGCGAUGGGCCAUCCUCACCGGGCAACCGCCAGAUCGACGUCAGGUCCUCGCACAGAAAGCAUCACGAGCAGUGCACCAAGGCAGUGA